AUGUCGGUCAAAGAGGCAUCUUACGAAGUCGAGAACGCAGGGCAUACUCAUCAUGGACCGAAACAUCUCGUCCACUCUCAUGCUCAUGAAGAAGAUGUGCCAGGCACUGUCAACCUUCGAGCUAUGGAGGGAGAUGAUACAUACCUAGGGCAGGCACUCUAUCCUGUGCCUGCAGAAGACCCAAACGACCCUCUUCAAUGGGCUAACUACAAGAAGACUAUGAUAUUGAUCAUUUGUUCAAUCUAUAGCUUCUUGGGAAACGCUUCGUUGACUGGCCCUGCCGUAUACAUUGGAAUAUUUUCUGAGGAGUUCAACAUCACUCCCACAACCGCGUCAGGGCUCAUCUCAUGGCCCAAUCUUGCUUACGGCUUUGGCUCCUGGGUCCUGGUCCCUAUGUACUUGAAGUUUGGUCGACGACCUGUGAUGCUAGGUUCUAUGCUCAUUUUCAUUGCCGGGCUCGCCGGAGCAUCUCGAGCAACCACUUAUCACGGUCUGAUGGCUGCACGCGUAUUUCAUGCUUUCGGCUCCGGAGUCUGUGAAGCAAUACCAGUCCAAUUGGUCAACGACAUCUUCUUCUUGCAUGAACGUGGCAAGCGCAUCGGUUACUACACCAUCUGUCUCUGUUUAGGUGCUACCGGACCGCUCUAUGCAGGCUACAUGCUUGCGGGUGGCUAUUCAUGGCGUCUGUACUUCUAUGUGGUUGUCGCCUUCGCAAGUGCGCUUUUCAUUCUGGCCUUCUUCUUCGUCGAAGAGACCUUGUACAAGCGCGUGCCACCACCAGAUGUUCCAAUUGGUGAGGAGGUGCAUAAUAAAGAUGCAGUCACAGUCCGUCAGCGCGCAAUUCCUGAGCGUCUCUCGUUCCUACAGACACUGAAGCCAUGGAGCCGGUACGAUCCGGAUGCGGAAUUUUUCAUGACUAUGCUUCGUCCUUUCUCCUACUUCUUGGUCCCCGUGGUUUUCUGGGUCAUUACUACCUACGGUUUAUAUAUCGGUAUCGGGGCGCUUGCUUUCAACUACACGUUCCCGAUCAAGAUUGUUGCACCACCGUACAAUUGGAAACAGACCAACUCGGGCUUGAUCGCAUGCGCAACGUUCAUCGCCUUCGCCUUCGCGGCGCCGCUGACCUUCACCUCCGACCGCUUCGCAGCAUACCUUACCCGUAGAAACAACGGCAUAAGAGAAGCCGAGAUGCGUCUCUGGGUUCUCCUUGUGCCCCUCCUGAUCGGUCCAGCAGGCCUCGUCGUCUACGGCUGCACUGCCCAGUGGAACCUGCACUGGGUUGGCUACUUCUUCGGCGUUGGUCUGUCGGGCUGGUGCAGCUACUUCUUCUUCACCUUCACGCUAGCAUAUGCCGUCGACUCAUACUACGCCAAUACCAGCGAAAUGCUAAUUGCGAUGAACUUUGGAAAGCAGGCGAUUUCUACCGGCAUGGGCUCGUAUGUGCUGAAUUGGGUACUGAAAGAUGGCUAUGCUGUGGUCAUUGGUGGAAUCUUCGGCAGUGUUAUUCUUCUGAAUAAUCUGGCACUUUUUAUCUUCUUGUUCUGGGGGAAGAGGAUACGACGGUAUACUGCGACAUCUUGGUUGGGAAAAUUGCACAAGAGGACCCAAAAGGACGUUAUGACCCACUAAGGGAGUCAGGAAGUAUGCUGCUUCAGCUGAAGAGUAUGAUGAAGGUUGGGAGAAGAUGUGGAUGAGAAAGCACGGUUGUCAGUCGAAGGUAAUUCAGUGGGACAAGCAAGGGCUUAGGGGAUAAACAUGGCAAG